CACACCCCGACCCAACGUCGCAUGUCCACGCCAGCGCCGACGGUCAACCACUUCUUAUUUACAUCUUCUCGCCACUCUAUUACAAUGAACGUUCCUCUCUCUCGGACAUCGCGGUCGUGGCACGCACUGCGCAAGCAGACGACGACGCUGCGCAUCUCGCCGUCGUCGUCUCGCCACACGAGUCUUGUCCGGUCGUUCUGGACGCCGUCGUCGCCGCUACAGGUGGCCGUCGCGGGUCUCACAGCCCUCGGUAUGAGCACGGUCGUGUCGCCUACCUCGGCGCACAGCCGCGCACAUGCGCACAAGAAGACUACGAGCAUUCGUGAGACCUGCGCCACGGACCAAUGGACCAUCUGCGAUGACGCGCUCGGCACAGGAGCCUUUGGUGUUGUACGUCUUGGCGUCUCGCGCACGACGGGCGAGAAGGCAGCAAUCAAGUCGCUGCACGCCCACCGCGCGUCAUUGCACCGCGAAAUCCACGCGCUGCGAAAGAUCAAGUCGCUUGGCGGUCACAAGAACAUCAUCGACCUCAAGGACGUGUACACGGACGCGGACGACCGCGUGUGCGUCGUGACCGAACUCGUCGCGGGCGGCGAGCUCUUUGAGCAUAUUGUCACCUAUGGCGCGUUCUCCGAGCUCGACGCGCGCAAGAUGAUUCACGACAUUGCGCAAGGCAUUUUGUUUCUUCAUGCGAAUGGACUCGUGCACAAGGACCUCAAGCCCGAGAAUGUGCUUUUGCGCUUCAAGGAAAAGCGCGCCGACAACGAAGCCAAGCUCGCCGACUUUGGCAGCGCGGGCCCACCCAGCGUGUUUAGCCGCACGGACGACGUCGGCACGUCGGCGUACUUGCCACCGGAGCUCCUUGAAGCCACCAAGGACGGCGUGCUGUGCUCGCAGGCCGCCGACAUGUGGGCGAUCGGGUGCAUUUUGUACAUCUUGCUCACGGGCAUGCAUCCGUUCGAUAUGGACGGCGCGCUGCCCGAAGAACUCAUCGAGAUGCGCAUCAAGAAGAGUGACGUGAGCUUCGACCACCCGCGCUGCACGGAUCUCUCGGCCGACGCCAAAGACCUCAUUGCCAAGCUCUUGGCCAAGAACCCAACACACCGCCUCUCUGCGACCGAGAUGCUCGAGCACCGAUGGAUGACGCAACAGUCCCAGACAAACCCGCUAUUUACGAUCGAUAUUUUCCACCCGACAGACACCACUCGCCCCCUGUACACUAGCGCUACUGAAAAGUAAUAUACGAUUCAAUGAACCUGUCUUUUAGCGAGGGA